AUGGGUUACUGGUCGGAAACGCGAGCGUGGCUCUUUCGUGAUCCUGCCAAGCUCAUCCGCUACCUGGUGCUAUUCGUCUGCUGCAUUGUGGUCAUUGUGCAGCUCUACGAGUGUUUCUAUAAGCUCCAUGACCCACCCAUAUCCACGCACUCUUACUAACUGAAUGAGACCAUUGAGAUGCCAGCGGUUACCAUAUGCAGGGAGCCGCCCUACAGGGAAGAGGUGUUAACUUCCAUCUCCGGCGGUUACUGUCCUCAUCCAAAAUAUGCCACCUGCUGGAUGAACUAUCCAUUUGGAGAGGUUUCCCUGGAUGAAUUCUUUGAAAAUGGCACUCAUGACAUGUCCGACACUUUCAUUAUGUACGGACUCAAUGGCAAUGCAAAUAAUUUGGAUAUGAAUAACAGCUUGCACUUCUAUAUGGGUCGAUGCUAUACCCUUCGGCCCAAGGAGCCCACCAAGAGGGUAUCUAAGGCAGUGGGUUACUCUCUACUUCUAGAGCAUUCCAGAGUCACUACUUCCGUCAGUGAUGUGGAUACAGGCAGCGCAGGAUGGCAUGUUUUCAUGCACGACAAGAAAGAGGACUUUACAGAAAUCAAUAUGAAGGGUUCCGGACGAGUGGAGUAUGUGUUUGUUAGUGUAAACGAGGAAAUUGAGAUUAAACUGCAAUCCCAGUAUUUCUCCAAUAUACAGACCCGAGGUGAAGCCUGUUCCAGUGAUGAGGGUUACAGUGAUUUGAAGUGCGGCGAGCAUUGCAUUUGGAAAGAUUUGGCCGAUAAUAUGCAGUGUUCGGGACCCUGGAUGCAUGAAAUUGAGACAGAACCCUGUAAUGAUACCCUCUCCAUGAGGCAAUUAAUAUCGGAUUAUAAAGAGGUGUAUGAGAAUGAGGACGACUUUGACUGUGAUUGCAUUCAGCCCUGUCAGUCGAGGAUCUACACCACCUUCAUUCAGAAUCGAAAGGCCUUCAACCAGCCAGAGCCGCGCACCCUAAUCUAUAUAUACUACACAACCAAGCUGAUAUCGAUGAUCGAAGAGCGUCCCAGCUAUGACACCACCCAGUUUAUAGCGGAUGUGGGUGGUUCCCUGGGAUUUCUGCUUGGUUUAUCCGUCUUGGGGUUAAUUGGCAUACUAGAACAUCUGACUCUUUUCUUCUGUGGCGGUUUUAUUAAGAAGAUGCAGCAAAAAGAGCAGGAAUCAAAGGCCAAAAGCUGCGAGGAUGGUCAGUCCCAGACCAGUGAUGAGACCAUCGAUAUAGCCAUUGCUUAUAAAAAGCCAAGGAAGAAAGAUAGAUAUUAA